GAUAAGAUAAAACUUUAUUUUUUAAGAUUGUCCGUCACUUCUUGUAAGACUGAACUGUUGCAGUUUUUGUUCGCUACAAGAUUUUUUUCCACUAUCAGUGAAAUUAGUAACCAAAUUUUUCUCACAUCUCAAAAUCGGAUAAAAUCCGGGAAAAUCGUAAUUCAUCUCGAUGAACGUACAAGGUCGGCUGAAAUUCGUGCAAUUGCAAUCUUUUAUACGUAAAAGUAAGGAAAUGUGAUGGAUCGAGUGCCGGUUACGAUACGUGAAGUGCCCGCAGCAGCCGCCAUUGCGGCAAGAUUGCCGCGUGGACCAGCAAGGAUCGAGCAACGGAUCGUUAAGGAGCAUCUCGAUCAGAAGUACCUUCUUUGUGGAUUUGCAAUUCAUGCAUGCAUUGUGGCACCUGUGUACCUGUACGGAAUACUUGUCGACAGACAAUCAGGUCAUACCAUCAGGAUAUGGCCAGCGAUCCUUUACCAGGCAUCCUACCAAGUCUGUCAAUCAUUCCUUCAUCACACAAACGACCAGGGAGGUGGAAAAGUACAAGUGAGCGAAAUGAAUAAUCGGAGAAUAAUUCUAGUCGCGGCGCUUAUCACCUGCUUGGCAAUCACCUUAUCAGGUUUUCUAUUCUCACCGUCUUGGGUCAAGACGACAACUACGACAGAGCUUUUAGCUGUUAUCAUUUAUGGAUUAUUUGGAGGCAUCGGAUCCAGCAUCAUUUUUGAUCGAACUCACUUAAUACUCGAAGCAGUCCGACCCAAGGAGGAUAAAUAUGUUCGAAAGACUGUUCACCUCUGCGGAGAGGCCUUCUGCCAUCUUUUUCUCUCAUUCGUUAUUAGUAGUCUACGAACACUCUACGCCCCCUCACUGGCAACCUUCAUCAGCGGAAUCGCUCUACUGAACUUGAUCCCGCUUGCCCUCCUCAUAUCCGGACGAAUCAAAAAACCUGCACUACCCGCAGGGCGUACCCUUAAAAUUAAAGAAGAGUCAAGGUACGAGAGCCUUCCAGGAUUUUUCAAAAUACCAUCUAAAUCCGCGGAGGGCUUGGACGGGAUCGAACUUCAACAAAAAAGUUGGCGAAGUCCGCAUGAGGUCCAUUGCAACUAUAUGGCCAUAACUCCAGAAGAGGCACACGUGGCGUAUAUAAACUCAAAUGGGGUUGAAAUCAUGGAGAUCAUUCAUGAAGAGGACGAAACUACGUCAAAUAUGAGAUCAAGUUCUGCAACCAUCAACACGGCUCGGAGUGCCAGCGUCUGUAUUGAGACACCUCCUGUUCUACAUCCUCCGCCACAGACGACGAAUCUUGAAAAAGUCCAGCAGUUCUACCGCCACUUUGCAGAUCAGUUGUUGGACCUGGUUAUCAUCAAACUGGUGAAUCCAUUGCAGCGCGCCGUAGUUGUUCCAGCCUUCUAUCCGGCCAUGUUCCUUCAAUCCGCUGAUGUCUUCUCAUAUGUGAUGUGUAUGACGAUGCUACCAAGCGUGGCCAUCGACCAGCACCAUAUCAAGCUUGCCGAAAUCCCUUUCCUAUACUCCCUACUGGCUUUCCCGUGGAUUUGCUUCGCGUUAAUGAUCCCCCGAUUCGGGACCACCUUGAAUCGACAGAAGAACAAGUGGCACAUGAUAGCUUGCUUGGCGAAAGGGAUUGCAUUUCUUUCCAUGAGCGUAUCGUCCUCGAAAUUACUCUUAAGUGUUGCGACCGUAUUUCUGGGAUUCGGACAAGCGGUGACCAUGUUCCUGCAGGACUCCAUCAUACAAGCUGGUAUCAACCCUACAAAGUGGCUUAAUGUUAAGUACACGAUGUAUACAGCCACAGGACUCCUUAUUAUCCUGUGGGGGUUCUUGGGGCAACUGAUUGUGAUAAAGUACGGAUUCCAAGCGAACAUAGGAUUCGUUGCGUUGAUUUACUGGUCCAGUGUGACUGCCUGGUAUGUCUUGAUUGGAUUCAAAUUAACGGAGAGCUGUAUAACCUUUGAGUAAGCUGGUUGUCGCAGCAAGAGCUUUGGAGUGCUUCGUAUCGGAUCUAAAGGCAGAUUGUAUGUGGUGCUAAGUUCGAAUAAAUUAGUGUCUAAGCUUUUAUAGUUUGUAAGUGAAUCCGUUGUCCGAUUCGUUUAUUAGAGAAGAAAUAAAGAGUGUCUGACUUUGUAAGGCUA